GGACGGCACCGCACGGCAUCAACCACAGCCAAGCAUUUCCAACGCCGCGUCCGUCCUUGAACCCCCAAAAACCCUCUCCCUCCGACCACACCCAGCGCCGCCGACCGAUCGCCGAUGGCGCCCUCCGCUCCCCCGCCGCCGGGUCCCCGCCUCCUCGUUCCCAAGCCCGACCCCGACGCGCCCCCGCAGAUCCCGCUCACCCCGGAGCUCUGCGCCGCCCUCCGCCGUGAGUACAUCAAGCCCGACCCCGACGCGCCCAAGCCCCAGGCCGACGCCACGCCGCUCACCGCCGACCUCUGCGCCGCGCUGCGACGGGAGCUCGAGCCAUCCCCCGACGACCACUCCGACUUCGCCGACCGCCUCCGCCUCACCCAGCAGCGCCUCGACCACAUCUCCGCGCGCCUCUCCUCCGCGCCGCCGCCACCGCCUCCCCCGCCUUCGUCCCUGCCCCCUCCCCCGCCACCGCCACCGCCUAGGCCGAAGCGGGCCUGUUCCUCCUCCACCGCCAGAGCCGACCCGCCGCGGGCCUCUUCCCCGAGCACCAUGGGCAGGAAGCGCUUCCGCGGCCUGCCGAGCGCGGAGAUGGUCCGCGCCACCGUCCCCACGGAGGCGGACAUCAUGCAGGUCCGCACCCUGGCGCGGCGCGCGCGCCUCACCUUCGAGGCGCUCCGCGGCGUCUACGCCCGCCGCGCCGCCUCCACGCCGCCCACCCGCGGCGUCCGCCGCAACCGCGCCGACAUGCGCGCCCUCAGCGCCAUGAUCUCCGCCAACCUCUGCCUCUACCGCGACAAGCGCAUCGUGGGCCCCGUCCCGGGCGUCUUCGUGGGCGACGUCUUCAACUACCGCGCCGAGCUCCUCGUCGUCGGCCUCCACAGCCACGCGCAGGCGGGCAUCGGCUUCGUGCCCGCCAGCCUCGUCAGCGAGGGCAAGCCCGUCGCCACCAGCGUCGUCUCCUACGGAGGCUACCUCGACGACCACGACAACGGGGACGUGCUCCUCUACGCCGGGACCGGCGGCCGUCCGCGCAACGGCCGCGCCGACCAGGAGCUCGAGGGCGGCAACCUCGCGCUCGCGAACAGCUGCAAGUACGGCGUCGAGGUGCGCGUCAUCCGCUGCCACGUAACCGACGCCAGCCCCAGCGGCAAGGUCUACGUCUACGACGGCCUCUACAGGGUCGAGUCUUCCACCGACAUCCCCGGCCGCAGGUUCAAGCUCGUGCGCCUCCCCGGCCAGGACCCGCUCGGCAGCAACACCUGGCACGCCGCCAGGAGCCUCGUCGACGACCUCGACGCAGGCCUCCGCCGCCCAGGCUACCUCACGCUCGACCUCUCCAGGGGCAAGGAGGCCAUCCGUGUCCCCGUCUGCAACACCGUCGACCAGGACAGGUCUCCGCUGGACGACACCAAGUACAUUGCGCGUCCCCGGUUCCCGCCGCCCAGGCUCGAGAGCCGCCGCAGGUGCUGCGGGUACAGGGCGUCGGCUGCUUCGUCCAAGUCCAGGUGCGCCUGCGUGAAGAGGAACGGCGGCGGCGGCCCGCCGUACAACACGGACGGCACGCUCGUCAAGGGGGUGCCGAUCGUGUACGAGUGCGGCGCCCAGUGCGCGUGCCCGCCCAGCUGCCCCAACCGUGUCACGCAGCGUGGCAUGAGGCACCGGCUGGAGGUGUUCCGGUCCGCCGAGACGGAGUGGGGCGUCAGGACGCUGGACCUCAUCCAGCCGGGCGCCUUCAUCUGCGAGUUCAGCGGAGACGUGGUCGCCGCCGGCGCGUCCACGGACUGGGACGGCUACGUCGACCCGAGGAAGUUCCCGCCGAGAUGGAAGGAGUGGGGAGACGCCUCUGGGGUCGCGCUUCGGGACCACGAGGGACCUCCAUUGCUUGCACAGUGCCCAGCGCCGCCGGCGUACGUGCUGGAUGUGUCCAGGAGGAGGAACUUCGCGCCAUACAUCUGCCACAGCGGCGCACCCAACGCUUUCAUCCAGUUCGUGGUCUGUGGCGAUGAGAGCGACUCAUUCCCUCACCUCAUGGUGUUCGCUCUGGAGACCAUCCCACCCAUGCGUGAUUUGAGCAUCGACUACGGCAUUGAUCAGUGAUCAUCAACUUGGUUUGUGAGAUGGGGCAGUCGUUAGAGGUUGGGCUACAUGUUGAAUCUAUCGUUCUGAAGUUGUUGGCUCAUGAAUUUCUUGACAUUUUGGACAGUAUUAACGACGAUUUCUUCUUCUCGUUUUAGGAUACUGUCAUGUAUGCUCGACUUUAUUUGGAUAGCCAUUUGGUCGUUUUUUUUUUGUACUACUAGCUUGGUAGGGAGAAGUCUUAAGUGCACAAGAUACUACCAGGGUGUUGUGCUGGUCUGGUUGGUGGCUUGAGGGCAGAUUGAACAACUUCAUAUUUAUGUAGGGAAAUAAAAUCAAACCCUCUGGACCUCACUGUUAUUUAAGAACUGCAUUGUGUAUUUAUGUGGUGA